AUGAGGGCUGUUGCACGGCUGGCCGCUCGAGCGGCUGCUGCUUUUAAGAAAACGCCUCGCGAACCUUCUCAUCUUCGUCUAGAGCCUCAACACGUCCUCAACUCGCGCUAUGAGAUCCUAAAACAGAUCGGCAGUGGCCAACACUCCACAGUCUGGCUUGCUGAGGAGUCUACGUCUCCCAUUCGUAAAAAGGUCGCAAUCAAGGUGCUUACUGACUACGUCACAUCGCUGCAGGGCAUACAUGCCUUCGAGCUGGAUGUUCUCAAGAAGAUUGCUUCAAACCAGACGGCUGCUCAAGAGAGCCACUUACUGCACUUAUACGACCACUUCUUUACUGACGGAGAUCGUGGUCAACACCUUUGUCUCGUCAACGACGCUCUGGGACCUUCAGUACUUGACAUCCGGGCGAGUACACCCCAUGGAGUUUUACCAGUUCCCUUGGUCCAACACAUUACACGUCAAUUGCUUCAAGGGCUAGAGAUUUUGCACGAAAAAUGCAAGACGGUGCACACUGACAUUAAAUUUGACAACAUUUUGUUCACCUCAUAUGCAGAAAGUGCCGAUACCAAUGCUUACUGUGCAGUUGAUACGGUGCUCAUCGACUUCGGUACCGCCAUGCCCGAGGGUACAGACCGCAACCGCCUUAUCCAACCAGAAGCUUUGCGCUCCCCAGAGGUUCUUCUUGGUUGCACUUGGGAUGUAAAAGCAGACAUCUGGAACGUUGGCUGCAUCGUUUUUGAACUUCUUACAGGCCAAAGAUUGUUCAAACCCAGAGCAGGUGCCUCAUGGACCUCUGAACAAUACCAUAUGGCUCGCAUCUAUUCCACUCUCCUUGAUGACAAUGAUCGCAGACGUCUCGUUGAAUUCUUCCGCCAUGGUGCAAAGUUUACUACCUUCUUCGAUGGGGAUAAUUUACGCGUCAAAGCUACAGACUGCGAGUCUAUCGAAGUAAUUCUGCGACACUACGGGAUUUAUACGCCGGAGUUAAAUGAAUUCCUGGCGGCAAUGCUUCAGAUUCAUCCCCACGACCGGCUCUCUGCUCGACAGUUGUUGUUGUUGCCUUGGCUUACUAAGUGA